AUGCCCAGGUUGGAUCCCAAUGUCCCAUAUUACGAUCGUAAAAGCAAGGGCAGCGCAGAUGCGUGGCUCCAGAAGUUCGAAGAUGUCUGUCGGCCCCUUUAUGGUUAUGAUGGGAAUCGGCCCGUCAGGAUAGCCAUUCUGGACACCGGCAUAGAUUGGUCAUUGAUCAAGGGGCAGGCAUUACAGGAGAGGGUCAAAGAUGAAAAGUCAUUUCUUGCAGAGGACGACGGCAAGGAUGACGACAGCGCCGCUCCGGACGCUUCUAGGGCUGCCCACGAUGAAGCAGAUGAUCGUCAUGGCACCAACAUCGCCGGUCUUGUUCUGAGGCUCGCCCCCUGGGCACACGUAUACGUCGCCCGCGUUGUCAAAGACCACAAAAGCUGCAUCACACCUAAAAGUUUCGCCAAGGCCAUCUACCACGCGAUUGACACCUGGAAAGUCCACAUUAUUUCCAUCUCUCUAGGCUUCCAGAGCCCUCACGAGUGCGUCGAGGUAGCUAUACGCUAUGCCUCCGAGAAGGGGGCCAUCAUGUUUGCGUCGGCGUCCAAUGACGGAGCAAAUCGACCCAUGGAUGACAGGGCCCCAUUUCCUGCAUCCAUGAGCGAGGUCAUCUGCAUCAAUUCAUCAGAUGGACAGGGAAACCCGUCAGACUUUAACCCGCCGCCCGGCGAUGAUGAUUUCAAUUUCAUGACCUUGGGAGAAUCCGUGCUUACCAUUCCUGGUCUAGCCGCCGGUGACGCAGAUGAGAGACAUACAGGGACGUCGUUUGCGACUCCUAUUGCCGCGGCAAUUGCAGCGGUAUUCAUCGAGUUCUUCAACCAGAGGCCUCUGCGACUGCAGAAGCAUCUUGUGGAAGAGGUCAUCACUCAAGAUGGCAUGAGCAAGCUCUUCGUCGGUAUGAGCGAACCCGUCAACGGCUUCAGGUAUCUGCGGCCAUGGGACUUGAUGUUUUGCCAGAGGCAUUCUGAGGUUCCCAAAUGUCGCAAGGGUGCCGCAGAGAAAGUCCAGGCUGCCAUGGCCCGUCGUCUCCCCACGCCUACUUCCACCAUUCCUAAUUUACCACAUGUUCCAGGAGCGGAGUUUGACUCCCACUCUCAUGAGGAUGGCGUGGGACAAAUCCAACACGAUGCCUGGACACACUUUCCGGAAGACACAGAGGGACUAUGCCUCAAAGGCACCCGGACACAGAUCCUCCAUGACAUAGCGAAAUGGGCAGACAGCCCGCAUGGACAGCUUUUGGGCUGGCUUACUGGGCGAGCCGGCAGUGGCAAAUCAGCCAUCGCCCGGACAGCAUGUCUUGAACUUCGAUCACAACGUCGCCUUGGCGCAAGCUUCUUCUUUUCCAGGAAAUACCGAAGACGCCACGAGGCCACCGACUUUGUGACAAGUAUUGCGUACCAGCUUGCAAAGUCUCAACCUCGCGUAGCCAGAGCAAUUGCGGCUGCCAUUGCUGCCGAUCCAGACCUGGCGGGGCGGGAGAAAAACAGACAAAUGCAAUGGAGAGAACUUGUUGUCACCCCUCUCGCGUCUCUUCGCUCCAAUGUGGUCAUUGUCAUCGAUGCAUUGGACGAAUCCACUCAGGCUGACCGCGUGCUCCCUCUGUUCGCAGACUUGAAGCCUUUGCAGGCCAAAGUACGAAUCCUCGUGACCAGCAGGUUGGGGACGCUCAUCGAGGGCGCCCUUCAUUCAUCCUUGCCAGCGCCCUGUCGUUUUGAUUUGGACUUGGAAUCAUUGGCCGAGUCGACCUCCAAGGACAUCUCCCUGUUCAUACGGAGUGACUUGGCGCCGCUAAAGGAAACAAUAGAAGGCCAGGGAGACACUUCAUCGUAUGACGCGGUCGUUGAGAAAGUUGCUACAAAGUCUGCGGGGCUUUUCAUCUACGCAAAGACCGCCUGCCGCUACAUUCGAGGCACGGAUGUGUCUUGGGACAGCCGGCAGUCGACUGACGCACAGGAGCGGCUCGCUAAAGUCCUGGUUGACAAGCAGUUUGAAGGCAUUGAUGGUCUAUAUACCGAGAUUUUGUCUCGCGCAACAACGGGCAGGAAUCAGAAGGAGGUUGCACAACAGCUUCAUCAGGUCCUGGAGCUCAUCAUGAUACUGGCUAACCCGGUGCCGGAACAGGCGUUUAAAAAGCUGUGUCCUGCGGACAUCAAACCAAGCCUGAUCAAGGACCGUUUGGACUCUCUCCACUCUGUCCUCGUCGUUCGGCGAACACCGUCCGAUACAGUCGAAGUUUUCCAUGAAUCGUUUCGCACAUUUAUUCUUGAACAUGCGAGCUCCGAUUUCAAAGUGGAUGAAUCUGGGGCUCACGAGCGCCUAUUUGGUCGGCUCAUGCUUCUCAUUUCCCAGAAAAGCCUCAAGAUGGACAUCUGUGAUCUCCGUGAUCCUGCAACGGCUGUUGAGGAGACUGAUCAGCAAAAGAUCAACAAUCACUUACCUCCAGAGAUUCAGUAUGCAUGCCGGUACUGGGUCUCGCACCUUGAGCAGGUCGACCAGACCCGACACCGUAACAUGGGACUGGUUGAUGCCGGCCAGGUCCACCAUUUUCUAGAGAAACACUUUCUUCACUGGCUUGAGGCCCUCGGUCUCAUGGGCAGCGUUGGCACUGGAAUUUACGCCAUGAAGAAGCUAAAAAAGAUGCUGUCGGACACCGCCGGCGCGGAGCAGCUUCUGAUACUUGCCCACGACGCGUUGCGCUUCGUUCAACACCAUCGAUGGUUGUUGAAAACUUACCCCCUUCAAGUCUACACCUCCGCUCUGAUAUUCAGUCCUUCCAGCAGCAAGGUGAAACAGCUUUUCCAGGGUACCAUCCUCCACUGCGUCGCAGUACCGGAGAUCCUCAAGCAAGGCUGGGGCAGGGACCUCAGAAUCAGCGACCCAGUUGAUCUAGUCGCCUGUAGUCCCAGCUCAUUGAUACUCGCCACGACGGACGGCAACGAGACGGUCUCUAUUUGGGACAUGGUUACAGGCGAACGGCUAUCUAGGUUUUAUCAUGAGUCUGUGAGAUGUCUUGCUUUCUCGCCAGACGCGAAGAUGCUGGUCUCCGCGGGCGGGACAAUGCAAAGAUUGGAAAGGGACAGUUCAGAGGGUCAGAGCCCUAAUUCAAGGCCGUAUCUGAUCAAAAUCUGGGACUUGGACAAGGAGCACGCUACAUCUUUGCCUGGAUAUACAAGCCCUAUCACCUCCAUUGUCUUGUCUCAAGACAGCAUGAGGCUUGUCUCAGUGGCAGAGGAUGGCAUCUUUGCGGUCUGGAAUAUGUGCUCCAGGGUGUGCGAAGCGACAAUCCAGCUGCCGAGUGCGUGUAUGAAGAACGAAGCAAGACAUUUCUUGCGGCGUCUAGAUCCCAUUCACGGGCCUAUUUGGGGGCCCAAUGGAGGGCACAUCCAGCCACACGAGACGAAAGGCCCUCUGGUUCGCUUUUCAAAUGACCCCGAGCUCCUUGUGGUGGCUUCGUACUACUUCGGUGUUAGAAGCUGGUCAAGUCGCCACGACCAUUGGAAAACCAUCCUAGAAGGCGGUCAUUUUGAGAUUGAUAAUGAUUGCUUCUCUCCCGAUGCGAAAACCUUUGCAGUCUAUAGUCACUGCUGUGCAGAUAUUUACGACGCCUCCGCAGGCAAACUACUUCAGUCUUUGCGCCAUGAGGCUCCUGUCACACGUGUCGUGUAUUCUUCAAGUGGACUUGUGGCAACAGAGACUGCGAUUGAUCGGCGAAGCGAGUACAUCAUUCACAUCUGGGACGUUGAGCGCGGAAAACGCCUCUGGAAGCUGCGCAACAGCGACGUCUGCGGUGCUCUGGUGUUUUCGCCAGACUCGACGAUGUUGGCGUCAACACAAGGUACCGGAACUUUCAAGAUCUGGGACAUGGCAACCGGGAAGUGUCGUCAGAGGCUCGGCAAUGCACUCGGAUCGCGUCCGUCAUCCAUGACGUUCUCUUUCGACUCGGAGAUGCUCAUAAUGAGGCUGCGCCACAAACAAAUCCAGAUCUGGGACUUGACGAGCCCUGAUAGGCUGCCUGCCAGAGGUGUUCGGUCCCGGCUUAUGGAUUCCAUCUCCUUUGGUCUCGCCUCCAUGGCGGCAGGCAGAAUCGUCCGGCGACAAGAGUUUGAGAAGGACGGGGAGAUGCAGCAAGUCAUACCCAGCCGGUAUUCAAUCGCGACUAUAACCUUUUCACAAGAUCCGAAAGUCCUAGUGUCCGUCACGAUUGAUAAAUACUUGGCGGGUCGACGAACAGAGACCCGAAACCCCGUCAGCUUGUUCUCGGAUUCUUUAUGUCCUGGAGCAACGAGUCCGGAGUCUCGGGAGUUCGGCCUGACAGCAUGCGGGACGUGGAUCACGCGAGAUUCCAAACGCUGGGUGUGGCUCCCUCCGACACAUCGUGCCAGUUGUCUGGCAGUGCAGGAAUCCAAGACCGUUGGAAAGACGUCGACGGAGUCAACACCAGCAGCCAUGUCGAGGCUAGCGGUCGGCUGCUUCUCCGGGACUAUUCUCAUCCUCUCUCCACCCGGCCAAGGGGACGAUGUUGAUAGCAGAUUCCUUGCUCGCACAAUUGUCUAG